AUGUCACCUCAAAAGAGAGUUAAGGACUCUAAGGCACAAAAGAAGACUUCACAAGAUAGUGAUAGUUAUAAGACUAAUCUCUUGGCCUUGAAAGAAGAGGACCUAAAUGACUCAAAGUGCAGCUUAAAACAUGGACAAAACGAUCCAGUGAAAGAUUAUGGACAUGCUGAUGAUGAAGCAGAAGAUGCUCUGAAAAGAGCAGUGAGAUACUUUGAGAAAGGUCCUGUUGAAACUUCACGGAGUAGAGAUAAAACCUUGGAAAAACACUUGAAAACUGUGGAAAAUGUGGCUUGGAAGAGUGGGUUAGCUCCAGAAGGAAUUGACAUUCUACUAAAUGUGGCACUUAGUGGCAAAUUUGGUAACUCUGUGAAUAUGCUAAAAAAAAUCCUGAACUGCAUACUUGAAGAUGCUCUCUUCCUUCCUGGAAAAGUCACAGCAAUUAUUAUCCCCACACUGUCAUAUACUAUCUUUGAUAAUUUAACUCUUAAGUGCCCUUAUGUGUGCCAUUUGCUGUAUUUACUUACCAGAAAAGAGAAUGUCAAACCAUUUCGUGUGAGAAAACUGCUUGGUCUUCAGGCCAAAAUGGGAAUGCAGCCUCACCUCCAGGCUUUGUUAUCGCUGUAUAAGUUCUUUGCUCCUACUUUGAUUUCUGUAUCUUUGCCUGCAAGGAAAAAGAUUUAUUUUAGGAAUUCAGAGAAUCUGUGGGAGACAGCUCUACUUGCUGUGAGGCAAAGGAUUCAGGGACCCCCUCCUGAACCUGUAAAAUUAAUGUUAGGUCCAGCUAAUGUCCAUCCUGUAAAAAGAAAAUGGAAUUCUUACUCAGUUAUACCCAUGUUGAAUUCUAGUAGCUGCAGUAAAGAAUGUGGGAAAAAAGGGAUGGCUCUUUCUGAUUAUCUCCGUAGUAAUGGAUCAUUUCCACUAGAACAGCUUAAAAGCUUCCCUCAACUCUUAAAGAACAUCCAUUGCUUAGAGUUGCUUAUGUUUAAUAUUUCUGCUCCAGAGUGUAUUUGGUAUAAGGUGAAUAAUUAUGAACAUGGAAAAGAAUUUGCCAACUUACUGGACACUAUCAUCAGGGCAGAGUACUUCUUACAAGAGGGGUUCUAUUCCUGUGAAACAUUCCUGUAUAAGAGCCUUCCUCUCUGGGAUGGCCUCUGUUGUCGAUCACAGUUCCUUCAGCUUGUGAGCUGGAUUCCUUUUAGUAGCUUCUCUGAGGUGAAACCACUUCUUUUUGACCAUCUAGCACAGCUCUUCUUUAUAUCAACCAUUUAUUUCAAGUGUAGUGUUCUCCAGAGUUUGAAAGAACUAUUGCAGAAUUGGCUGUUGUGGCUUUCUACGGACAUCCACAUGAAACCUGUGAUGGACAGUCCUCUGGAUACCACUUUAGGUGGAUCCGUGAACACUGUGUCUGAACUGAUUGACUACAUAGGGUGGCUGUCCACUACUGCAAUGCGCUUGGAAAGCAACAAUACUUUCUUACUGCACUUUAUUUUGGAUUUCUAUGAGAAGGUAUGUGACAUAUAUGUAAAUUAUAACCUUCCACUAGUGGUAUUGUUUCCUCCGGGGAUCUUCUAUCCUGCUCUCCUCAGCCUAGAUUCCAGUAUCCUGAACCAGCUGUGUUAUAUCAUGGACAGGUAUCGUAAAAAUUUGACUGCUGCAAAGAAAAAUGAGUUGGUACAAAAGACAAAAUCAGAGUUCAAUUUCAGCACCAAGACCUAUAAAGAAUUUAAUCACUAUUUGACAGUGAUGGUUGGUUGCCUGUGGACAUCCAAACCUUUCCAGAAAGGAUUGUAUAUUGACCAUGAAGUCAUAGAAAAAGCUGGAGUAGCAGAGUAUAAAAGCAGUUUAAAUUUAGUUCAUCACCCAGCUCUAUUGAGUUAUACAGUUUCCUUUCUGCUCCAGGAAUGGCCAGAAGAAAGGAGAGUAAACAUGAGCUCUGUUCGGGGAAAGAAAUGGAACUGGUAUUUGGACUAUUUAUUUUCAGAGGGGUUACAAGGCUUGAAACUUUUCAUAAGGAGUAGUAUUCAUCGUUCUUCUACCCCCCUGACCAGAGAGCAUAAACCACAUCAUCAACAUUAA